GUCACUUUUAAUGGCUUCAUUGGAGUGGCCCCGGAUAGAUUUUAUUAGAUCGCUCCUCACCAAACACCAAUUUCCUACAUCAACCAUCAUCACUUCAGUUUUCAAGCACAAAUCAAUCCGUUCCAUACUUGACAUACACACCCCCUUGUAAUGGCAGAUAAUGUGAUUUCGUUUGUCCUAGAUAACUUGUCCCAAUUGCUAGCACGCGAAGCUAAUCUGCUAUUUGGCGUGGACGAGAAGGUUAGAUCCCUUCACAGAGAGCUCAGAAUGAUAAACGAGCAUCUCCAAACCCCUGAAGGUAAAACCAAGAAAGGAGUAGAGAAAGAAGUUCUUCGCCAGAUCAGAGAUGUCGCUCACGAAGCUGAGGAUGUCAUCGACACCUUUGUUGUCAAAGUGGCUAUGCACAAGCGUCGAACCAAGCUGGGGAGGAUGCUCCAUGGUUUUGAACAUGCAAAGUUGCUGCGUGAUGUGGCUGAAAAAAUAGACAGCAUCAAAGCCACUGUCAAUGAAAUAAGAGACAACAAGAUCAAGUUCACCGAUGUCUUCCAACAAGAGAGUGGAUCAUCAUCUUCAACAAGAGAAGACGAGAAGAUGCGGUUGCUGCACAAGAGGAGAACAAAUGUGGAGGAACAUGAUGUUGUCGGUUUUGUUGGUGAAUCCAAGGCAGUGAUCCAGCUGCUUAAGGAAGAGAGUUCCCAAAGCAAUGUUGUCUCCAUCAUCGGUAUGGGUGGCUUGGGCAAGACCACCCUUGCCCGAAAGGUCUAUAACAGCGGUGAGGUGAAGUCAUAUUUCAAUUGUCGUGCAUGGGUUUAUGUGUCAAAUGACUGCAGAGUUAAGGAGCUUUUGCUUGGUCUCAUCAAGUGUUUGAUGCCUGACCCUGAAUAUGAGCAUGGGAGGAAAAAGAAGGGAAGGAAACAAAAAGGUAUGGAGAAACCAGGUGAUCUCUCUAGCUUGAGUGUGGAUGAACUAAAGCUCAUGGUGCGAGAUUUCUUGACCAUGAAAAGGUAUCUGGUAGUCCUUGAUGACCUCUGGAGGACUCAAGAUUGGGAUGAGAUACAAGAUGCUUUUCCAAACGACAAUAAUGGUAGUAAAAUACUAGUUACUAGCCGUUUGAAAGAGGUGACAUCACGUACGAGUCCGUAUCCUCGUUAUUACCUUCAAUUACUCGGUUAUGAUGAAAGCUGGGAACUCUUUUCCAGGAAAGUGUUUGGAGGAGAAGAGUGUCCUUCUGAAAUAGAGAAUCUUGGCAAACAAAUGGUCAAAAGUUGUGGGGGUUUGCCACUCUCGAUUGUUGUUUUGGCAGGGUUAUUGGCAAAGAAGGAGAAGUCAUACCGGGAAUGGUUCAGAGUGGUGGGACAUGUCAACUGGUAUCUUACUCGAGAUGAGACCCAAGUUAAGGACAUUGUACUCAAACUCAGCUACGACAACUUGCCUACAAGACUAAAGCCCUGCUUUCUGUAUUUUGGGAUCUACCCUGAAGAUUUUGAGAUACCUGUAAAGCCAUUGCUUCAAAGAUGGGUUGCUGAGGGAUUUAUUCAACACUAUGGGUCAAGAUCUGCAGAGGAUGUUGCUGAAGAUUACUUGUAUGAGCUCAUUGAUCAUAGCUUGGUUCAAGCAUUGCGAGUGAACUUUAAUGGAGAUGUAAAGGCAUGUCGCAUCCAUGAUCUUCUUCGUGAUCUUUGCAUAUCUGAGAGCAAAGAGAACAUGCUUUUUGAAGUUUGCACAGAUAGUAACAUUUUAGAGAGAUCAAAACCUCGCAGGUUUUCUAUCCAAUGCUGCAUGUAUAGCUAUGUUUCUUCAAGCAACAAUGACCAUUCAUGUGUCCGCUCUUUGCUUUGCCUUGACCCACCAAGGUAUUCUUUUACCCCCAGUGAGUGGAAAUGGCUUUUUAAAUUGUUCAAGUUGGUUAGAAUAUUAGAUAUUAAAAUCAAUAUCAUCAAAGUCCCUUCCAACUUAGGUUUAUUUAUCCAUUUAAGGUAUUUAAGAAUAUACCCAGAAACGGAUACCUUGAAUGUUCCAGAUUCAAUAUGCACGCUUCAAAAUUUACAAACUCUGGACAUAUACAGUAAAUAUCCGUUUGGGGUUUCAAAUAUAUAUUUCCGCAGUGGACUAUGGAACCUCAAACAACUUCGGCAUUUGAAUAGUAAUGGAAUCAUCGUCCUAAGUGGCCACCAUCGUUCAAAAGUAGAUGAUCAAGUUAUGUUGAAUCUUCAAACCAUCUCUUACAUUAAAUUCAAUAGACGAAUUGCAUGCAUGUUAGAGAAAGGAAAGUUUCCCAAGCUACGAAAUUUGGGUUUGCAAAUCUCCUCUGUCGACAAAGAUAAGGUGCAUGAGUUGUUGUCAAGCCUAAAACGAUUAAUUCAUCUGAACAAGUUGCGACUUUCCUUUAAAAUGAAAGAAUGUAAGGGCCCAAAGCCCUCAAACUACUAUCACAUGGAACGGCAGAUCGGUUGCAAGCCAAUUGAAUUAUUACAGAGCCUGCAGCAGUUGCCAUAUCUGACCACAUUAAAAGUUCACGAGGCUUUGGACCUUGCAACGUGUGAUAUUGCAUUUCCUGCAUGCAUUACAAAACUAACGUUGACAGGCAUUAGCUUCAUGAAAGAUGAUGGGAUGAAUGCCAUUGGUAAUCUUACUAGACUCCGACUUUUGAGAUUGCAUGGAACAGGUGAUUUUGAUGAUUAUUUUGAGAUUAAUUGCACUGCAGGCACUUUCUCAGAGCUCCAGGGUUUUGAGAUGCAGUCUCUGAGUAUUCACAACUGGAAAUUAGGCAAUGGUGCAAUGCCAUGCCUUCAAAGCCUGCUUAUCGGAUAUUGUGACAGAUUAGACAAUCUCCCAGAUGAACUGUGGUCGUUAACUGCCCUGAGACAAGUAAAAGUUGUGGAACCCUCCCGGGCAUUGUCUCUUGCGCUAGGAAUGUUGGAAAUGAAGGAUGGAUGUGACCUCAUAAUUAAUUAGUGAUAGUGUUAAGAAGACAGAACAUCCUCAUAAAGGUGAAUAUAAUGCAAGAAAAGAUGAAGAUAAAAAUGGAUAGGAAAUGAAUAAUGAAGAACAUUGCCAUUAUGGUAAAGCUUUGAGAGGAAGCAAGACUUUGAGAAUUAACUUGUGCAAAUUCGUA